ACUAGACUGCAUUACAAACAGACGAUACCAUCGCUUCAACAGCAUCCUCUCAGACAAGAGUCACUAUUUCCUGAUUCAGAUCACCUGUCAUCAAAGAUUAAAGGAGGGGAAACAGAAGACAGAAAUACACUGAACCAAAAAGAUUCAAAAGAGCAAUAUAAGAAGUGGAAUCUCUAAGAAUGGCUUCCAGCCACUGGAAUGAAACCACUACCACUGUUUAUCAGUACCUUGGUUUUCAAGUUCAAAAAAUUUACCCUUUCCAUGACAACUGGAACACUGCCUGCUUUGUCAUCUUGCUUUUAUUUAUAUUUACAGUGGUAGCUUUAGUGGUGCUGGCUUUCCUUUACGAAGUGCUUGACUGCUGCUGUUGUGUAAAAAACAAAACUGUGAAAGACUUGAAAAGUGAACCCAACCCUCUUAGAAGUAUGAUGGACAACAUCAGAAAACGUGAAACGGAAGUGGUCUAACAUGACAGAUGAUGAACAAAAUCUCUGAAAGCAGCUCAACCUCUUCUGAGAAAAAAAAAAUCUUCUGAAGUCAAGUGUUACUAUAAAACAAAUUUUGACUGAAUGGUUAAAAGAUUUCUAGUAGAAGGGGAAAAACAAGUUAAAUAUGCACUGCUUGUGUG